AUGUCGUCCAUGCGGGGAUUGGUGCAGUUCAUUGCCGACUUACGGAACGCGCGGGCCCGGGAAUUGGAAGAGAAGCGGAUCAACAAGGAAUUGGCGAACAUCCGGCAGAAGUUCAAAGACGCGAACCUAAACGGCUACCAAAAGAAGAAAUAUGUUUGCAAGUUGCUCUACGUUUAUAUACAGGGUUAUGAUAUCGACUUUGGACACCUGGAAGCUGUAAAUUUGAUCUCUGCGAACAAGUAUUCGGAAAAACAGAUUGGGUAUCUGGCGGUGACGCUGUUUCUUCAUGAGGGUCAUGAGUUAUUGCAUUUGGUGGUGAAUAGCAUCCGGAAGGACCUGCUGGACCAUAAUGAGCUUAAUAACUGUCUGGCACUACAUGCAGUGGCCAAUGUCGGUGGGAGAGAGAUGGGCGAAGCCCUGGGUGUCGAUGUGCACCGGCUUUUGAUCUCUCCUACGUCGAAGGCAUUUGUGAAGAAGAAGGCCGCGCUUACGCUUCUACGAUUGUAUCGUAAACAUCCUGGCAUCGUCCAGCCGGAAUGGGCAGAGCGGAUAAUUUCUCUAAUGGAUGACCCCGACAUGGGCGUUACUCUUUCGGUCCUGUCGCUCGUGAUGGCCCUGGUGCAAGAUAACCCCGAUCAGUAUAAAGGAAGCUACGCCAAAGCCGCCCAGCGGCUUAAGAGAAUCGUCGUCGACAAUGACAUCGCUCCGGACUACAUAUAUUACAAGGUCCCCUGCCCUUGGGUGCAAGUGAAGCUUUUAAGGCUACUUCAGUAUUAUCCUCCCUCGGAGGACACGCAUGUCAGGCACCUCAUUAGACAGUCCAUUGAGAAAAUCAUGAACUCGGCAAUUGACAUGCCGAAAAACGUCCAGCAAAACAACGCGCAAAACGCAGUUCUUUUUGAAGCUAUCAAUCUUCUUAUUCACCUUGAUACCGAACGUAACCUCAUGCUGACAAUAUCUUCUCGCCUCGGCAGAUUCAUAACAUCCCGAGAGACUAAUGUUCGAUACCUUGGCCUAGAAGCCAUGACGCAUUUUGCAGCGAGAGCAGAGACACUCGACCCUAUCAAAGCCCACCAAGAUAUCAUCCUUGGUUCAUUGCGAGACCGGGAUAUCAGUGUUCGACGCAAGGGCCUGGAUCUUUUGUACAGCAUGUGUGAUACCUCUAAUGCGCGCCCGAUCGUAAACGAACUGCUCAGGUAUCUGCAGACUGCCGAUUAUUCUAUCCGAGAAGAAAUGGUUCUCAAGAUUGCGAUCUUGACUGAAAAAUAUGCCACUGAUGCCCAGUGGUAUAUUGAUAUCUCCCUGAAACUGCUCUCUCUGGCUGGUGACCAUGUCAGUGAUGAGGUUUGGCAGAGAGUCAUCCAGAUUGUGACCAACAACGAGGAACUACAAGCCUACGCAGCUCAACACCUCUUACAAUACGUCAAAGGCGAUUGCCACGAUAGCUUGGUGAAGAUUGGCGGCUACAUCCUUGGUGAAUUUGGUCAUUUAAUUGCGGACAAUAAAGGGUGCAGUCCCAUUGAACAGUUUUUGGCCCUACAGAACAAAUUGAAUUAUUGCUCAGACACUACUCGCGCUCUACUCCUCUCGUCAUUCAUUAAAUUUGUUAACCUGUUCCCGGAGAUUAAACCACAACUACUUCGUGUUUUCAGCGUAUACAGCCAAUCACCAGAUUCAGAACUUCAACAAAGAGCCUGCGAGUAUCUAACACUCGCAACCUUACCGACGGACGACCUCCUCCGUACCGUUUGUGAUGAGAUGCCACCAUUCUCGGAGAGAACAUCAGUUCUCUUAUCGCGACUGCACCAGAAGAGUGCCGGCAUUAGUGACAAGCGAACAUGGGUUGUGGGUGGAAAAGCUGCCAAUGCCGACAAAAAAGAAAUUAGCUUGGCCCAACAGGCAGGACUUAAGCGUUCUUUCACUACAAUCGUAAACGGCACCUCGGCUGGAACCAACGGCACAGCAAAAACAACAGUAUCUUCAGACUUGGCUGGCUUGGAUCUGACCUCCAGUUCAGACGGUCCGGAACCGAAUCUGGCUAGUGCCGCACAUCUUUCCGCUGACUGGGAAAUCGGCUUUAACCGUCUUUACUUCAAAGACGAGGGUGUUCUAUUUGAAGAUGCACAGAUUCAGGUUGGCCUACGUUCCGAGUACCGCGUUCAUUUAGGCGUAUGCAAGUUAUACUUUACGAAUAAGUCUUCGUUCCCGAUUGGCUCAUUCACCACAACGUUGGAUAACCCUUCUCCCGAAAGCAUCAAGGUUGAUUCUAAAAACCUACCGGAUCCGGAUGUUCAGGCCCAGAGCCAGACUCAGCAGACAAUCUGCUUCGAGGCCAAGGGCGCAUUCACGAAGCCGCCCACCAUUCGGAUUUCCUACCUUGCCGGCGCCCUCCAGGCAUACACGUUGCAGCUACCUGUCCUCAUGCACAAGUACAUGGAUGAAUCGACUUUAUCGCCUGAUGACUUUUUCAAACGAUGGCGGCAGAUCGGGGGCCCACCGCUUGAGGCGCAGUCGACUUUUGCCGUCCAGGGUAAGGGACGAACAAUAACGGAGUCCUUCACACGGGGCAUUGUGCAAGGGUUUAGGUUCAAGAUCCUUAGCGGAGUCGAUCCGAAUUCGAAAAAUUUGGUCGGCUGCGCUGUUUAUCAAAUGGAUAGUGGCAAAACUGGGUGUCUCUUGCGGUUGGAACCGAAUUACGAGAAGAAGAUGUACCGUAUAACGAUCCGUGCAACACAAGAGGCCGUGCCACAGGCACUGGUGAAACUGAUGGAGGAGCGACUUUCCCAGGGUGUCUUUGUUGAUCAUGGCUCUGAUGAUUGGGAUAGAUAG